AAGCUGGGCCCUUCCCACUAAUUUGCAUAUCUUAUAUGGCCUAAUGGUGGCGAUCAUGGCAAGUUAGAAGUUUUCUGACUCCUCUCGGAGGAGACUCCGGGACCCCGGGGAAUAACAGGUGUCUGGAGGCUGAAGGGUGGAGGGGUUCCUGGAUUUGGAGUUUGCUUGUGAAAAUCCCCUCCACCCUCCUCUCUCGCACCCACCCACGCCCUCACCCCCUUCUUUUUCCGUCCUUGGAAAAUGGUGUCCAAGCUGACGUCGCUCCAGCAAGAACUCCUGAGCGCCCUGCUGAGCUCCGGGGUCACCAAGGAGGUGCUGGUUCAGGCCUUGGAGGAGUUGCUGCCAUCGCCGAACUUCGGGGUGAAGCUGGAGACGCUGCCCCUGUCCCCUGGUAGCGGGGCCGAGCCCGACACCAAGCCCGUCUUCCAUACUCUCACCAACGGCCACGCUUCCAAGGGCCGCUUGUCCGGCGACGAGGGCUCCGAGGACGGCGACGACUAUGACACACCUCCCAUCCUCAAGGAGCUGCAGGCGCUCAACACCGAGGAGGCGGCGGAGCAGCGGGCGGAGGUGGACCGGAUGCUCAGUGAGGACCCUUGGAGGGCUGCUAAAAUGAUCAAGGGCUACAUGCAGCAACACAACAUCCCCCAGAGGGAGGUGGUCGAUGUCACCGGCCUGAACCAAUCACACCUCUCCCAGCAUCUCAACAAGGGCACCCCUAUGAAGACCCAGAAGCGUGCUGCCCUGUACACUUGGUACGUCAGAAAGCAACGAGAGAUCCUCCGACAAUUCAACCAGACAGUCCAGAGUUCUGGAAAUAUGACAGACAAAAGCAGUCAGGAUCAGCUGCUGUUUCUCUUUCCAGAGUUCAGUCAACAGAGCCAGGGGCCUGGGCAGUCCGAUGAUGCCUGCUCUGAGCCCACCAACAAGAAGAUGCGCCGCAACCGGUUCAAAUGGGGGCCCGCGUCCCAGCAAAUCUUGUACCAGGCCUACGACCGGCAAAAGAACCCCAGCAAGGAAGAGAGAGAGGCCUUAGUGGAGGAAUGCAACAGGGCAGAAUGUUUGCAGCGAGGGGUGUCCCCCUCCAAAGCCCACGGCCUGGGCUCCAACUUGGUCACUGAGGUCCGUGUCUACAACUGGUUUGCAAACCGCAGGAAGGAGGAGGCAUUCCGGCAGAAGCUGGCCAUGGACGCCUAUAGCUCCAACCAGACUCACAGCCUGAACCCUCUGCUCUCCCAUGGCUCCCCGCACCACCAGCCCAGCUCCUCUCCUCCGAACAAGCUGUCAGGAGUGCGCUACAGCCAGCAGGGAAACAAUGAGGUCACUUCCUCCUCAACAAUCAGUCACCAUGGCAACAGCGCCAUGGUGACCAGCCAGUCAGUUUUACAGCAAGUGUCCCCAGCCAGCCUGGACCCAGGCCACAAUCUCCUCUCACCUGAUGGUAAAAUGAUCUCAGUCUCGGGAGGAGGUUUGCCCCCAGUCAGCACCUUGACGAAUAUCCACAGCCUCUCCCACCAUAACCCCCAGCAAUCUCAAAACCUCAUCAUGACACCCCUCUCUGGAGUCAUGGCAAUUGCACAAAGCCUCAACACUUCCCAAGCACAGAGUGUCCCUGUCAUCAACAGUGUGGCCGGCAGCCUGGCAGCCCUGCAGCCCGUCCAGUUCUCCCAGCAGCUGCACAGCCCUCACCAGCAGCCCCUCAUGCAGCAGAGCCCAGGCAGCCACAUGGCCCAGCAGCCCUUUAUGGCAGCUGUGACUCAACUGCAGAACUCACACAUGUACGCACACAAGCAGGAACCCCCCCAGUAUUCCCACACCUCCCGGUUUCCAUCUGCAAUGGUGGUCACAGAUACCAGCAGCAUCAGUACACUCACCAACAUGUCUUCAAGUAAACAGUGUCCUCUGCAAGCCUGGUGAUGCCUACACAUCACUUACUUUGUGCGCAGCAACAAGGACCGUGUUUUCCACACCAUCAGCCUCUGGGCAGCUGUCGUGGAAAAGCCCAGUGACCUGACAAGCACCUGCGAGAGGUCCCUGCUUACCCGACAGACGUCCUGCUGGCACUCAGACAAUCCACUCUCAGGAGGCGCAUCCUGAAGCCCAGCUUCCCUUCUAUGCAGUAUUGCCACGAUGCCUCUCCCACGAUGUCAAGGACGCCUGUCUGUCCUGGAGGUGGGAGACAAGGAACCGCCAAAGAGGAAGCAAGAAAGCCGUACUGUCUACAUUGUGAUCCUUCACCGAACAAACUGAUGCGAAAACUUGAAUCUGUUACUGAAACGAGGAGAGGAGGACACGUGCUAUUGAACUGAGCCAAACACACUGUAAAUAUCUGCAGACUCCCUCCCCUGCCCCCAUCCCAAAUGAUCUUGAGAUUUCUUUUAAAGAAGUAAAUUUGUCUAAUGGCUGUAAACUAUAAACUACUGUAAUUAAGUGCAAUUUCCCCUCUGUGUCCUCUCCCCUCUGCCUUGUAUAUAAUACUAAAGUGUCUAAUAGUUUUCUUUGUAAAGGUCAGAGUCAAAAUUUCAAAAGUGGUCUGUCCCCUCUCUCUUCCUUCACGGAGAAACACCCUAAGUGGGAAGUGAAGCCCCUUGUCCCCUCCCUCGGGUCUGGACACUCAUGGGGAUGGCAUACCUUGGACUAACUACCAGCUAACUCCAGUCUCCUGACAUUAAGACACACCUCUGGAUCCCUGGAGGGACUGAACGUAGUGUGUCAAAGUAACAUGCCAGCUUCCUGUGGGCCAGGAGUUCAGCCGUGCACUCCCUAAGAAACCCCAGGGCAGGGAAACUGGCUGUUUGAUAGCAGAAGAAAAAGUUGCAGUCUCAGAAAGCCUUCCAUUAAAACAAUUUAUUUUAUCACUA